AUGCAGGAUGAUGGGAAGGGAGAAGAGACGGAUAGUGAUUUUGGAGACAUGAAACACGUAUCUACAAAAGGGGAUAGAUCACCCAUUAUUGUCACGGUACUUGUGGAAGGUCAAGAGUUAUCAAUGGAGCUUGAUACUGGGUCAGCCUUGUCGGUGAUAAGUAAAGAAACCUUCCACAAAGGGCGUGUCCACCAAGAGUACCACCCUCCAGUUACGCACUUAUACAGGGGAGGUAGUAAAACCCGUUGGGGUCUCCAAACGCUAGCACGCAAGCCGGAGGUGGAACAAGCCCUGGAUGAGCUAGAGGCUGAGGGAGUGAUUGUGGGGGUGAAUUAUAGCGAAUGGGCGGCGCCCAUCGUGACUCCAGUAAAGAAAGACGGCAGUGUCAGGGUAUGCGGGGAUUUUAAAGUAACAAUUAACCCGCAACUAGAAAUCGACGAAUACCCCCUUCCACGCAUAGAAGACAUCUACGCCAGUCUUAGUGGGGGUAAACAGUUCAGCACUCUUGAUUUGCGCCAGGCCUACCUCCAAAUGGAGGUUGAUGAACAGUCCAAGCAUUACCUUACCGUCAAUACUCACCGAGGGCUGUUCCAAUACCAACGCUUACCGUACGGUGUGGCCUCGGCACCUGCCAUCUGGCAGAGAGCGAUGGAUCAGGUAUUACAGUGCCGUCCAGGAGUACAGUGUUACCUAUAUGAUAUCGUAGUGACCGGUAAGUCUGAAAGAGAACACCUGGAUGUGCUGGACAAGAUGUUGCAGAGGCUGGAGGAGUAUGGGCUAAAGGCCAACAAAGGGAAAUGCAAGUUCCUCCAAGAGUAUCUGGGUCACGUGAUUUCUGCGGARGGUCUACGCCAAUCGCCAAAAAAGACUAAAGCCAUCGUAGAGAUGCCAGCAACCAGGACGUAG